UGGCAGCCAAAUCAGCCGAGCGACAAGCCAACAAAAGCGAAAAGGAAAUUAUCGAUCGAAGAGUGAAAAAGUCAUUCGACGCCUGAUUUGCUUUGGCAAAGAGGGCACACAAAUCGCUUUUUCGCAAAAAUUUUAGUUUCAGUUUGCAAAUAAAUUGGAUUGCAGUAAUUGAAAGUUUAAGGCUAUUUGAAUAUACAGCGAUACGCGUUGCCAAAUACGGUUGUGCUGUGUGGUGUACUUAUUCCGUGGGUGUUGCAAAUUGUUGGUGACAAAUAUUUUUUUUUGAAGUACUUCAGCUGGCAUACAUACAACAGUGGCUUAGCACGCACAUACAGACACACACUAAAAUCUCCAGUCACAACCAGCAUCGAGCAGUCACUUUCGAAGCACAAUGGCUGACAGCGAAUUUGAAGAAUUCCACAGGCCCAUCUUUGAGCCACAUCAGAUUCAGACGUACAUAAGCUCUGGCCAAAAGAAAAAUAAUGCACACACAUUCUACUCCCUCAUUCCCAAUGAUGAUCUCGAGGAUUCGCCAUCUUCGAAAAGUGAUUCUUCCGAUCAGGAAGAUGCUGGCGGUGGAGAACUCUGCUGCGAAUCGUCGACGAAGCUUCAACGUCAGGUGGAGGAUGAUGAAAUUGGCGAUGGUCUGAAAGUUGUAUCACUCUCUUCUGAUGGAUCGCUGGACACAAAUGACUCCUUCAAUUCACAUCGCCAUCAUCCAUUAAACCAUCAGGAUGCAAUUGGUGGUCUAGUUGGUAUUGGUAUUGGUACUGGCACUGGCGGUGGCACUAUUAUUGGAAAUAGUACAACUGGCAGUGAUGGCACUGUGGGUCAUCAAUUAUUGCUCUCACCCAAUACAGCUGCUGCCAUUGGUGCAACUCAGCUGCAACAACGACGUAGACGAAAAUUACCGGAAAUACCAAAAAAUAAGAAAUGUAAGUUGCUAGCGAUUUGUGUAAUUCAAAAAUUAAUAAUGGUGGUUUCUCAUGGUGCUUCAAAGCUCACAUUUAAUAUGAAAAAGUCACCUUCCGUUUUUGUCAUUUUUCAUUUCGUUGCAACAAAAUUUUGCAUCAAAUAUCAUAAUUUGCACCAAUUGGUAANCAUACUGGAAGUAUCCGAUCAGGGACUGCGCAUGGUGGAUCGUUCCGGGCCAAAUAAGAAGGACAAGAAACCCUGCAUCGAUUACUUCUAUUCGCUGAAGAAUGUCUCAUUCUGCGCAUUUCAUCCACGCGAUCAUCGUUUUAUUGGCUUCAUAACGAAGCAUCCAACGGUGCAACGUUUUGCGUGCCAUGUCUUCAAAGGUUCAGAAUCUACACGACCAGUUGCUGAAGCUGUUGGUCGUGCAUUUCAACGCUUCUACCAGAAAUUUAUAGAAACUGCAUAUCCGAUUGAAGAUAUAUAUAUAGAGUAAGCCGAUUGCAAUCGCUGAUGACGGCUGGCAAAAAGGAUGUGCUACACUACUACAUAUGUAUAUAAGUAGUUAUUGUUAGUGCUGGUUUGUGGUUUACGCUUAUUUUUUCCCCAAAUUCAUUAACACAAAUGAAAAAUGUUGUCUUCAACAAAUACCAAAUAAGUAAAAAGUACUCAUGCUCGCGUUUAUUGGAUGAAAACGGAAAAUUGAAAUACAUACUUACUAAAGUAAUUAUGUAAUAAAACUAAAAUUAUUCCAAUUUGAAUUAACAAGAAAACUCUUUAGUAGGAGAAAAAUUAGUAAUAUGUAAUCAAUUAGUUACCACAUUAUUGACAUGUUUGACUUGUUUAAUUCAGUUCUUUGUAUUGGUGGUAUGCAAUUUAUUUGUAGAGUUCCAGCAGUGUUCGAAAAAAAAGCAAAUUUGUCCUAAAGCCAAGGCUUUUAACUGAGACUUUCUCUUUUGAUUCCCGUACUGAUUUAUGGCCAUGGCGAAAUAUUCACAGCCGACUGUGUUCUUUAUUACUAUUUUCGUAGUACAGUACUCCCCUGUUAACAGACACCGCUUAAAUAAUUUUCUCAGUUACAUGUAUUAACUUGAAACUCGUUCAAAGCCGCAAAGCAUUCAUGUUUUUAGUAAGGCAGAGCUUUUGUGAAGUGAGCAUCGGUUAAUUGAGCCAACGAAUAAUUACAAGAAAUGCUAUUGAUCGUCUUCAAUUAAACGGGCCCCACUGUGUUGCUUGAUGAAUUGUAACUGUGAAAAAUGCGUGU